UUUCCGCAAGCGUACUCACGACCGUUCUCUCUCCUUGUAGUAAAAGUAUAUAGUGGCGCCUCAAGAUGGCAAGUAAGGAGAGGGUACUUGUUAAAAAAAGGCCGCCCAUCGCUUCGGAUUUUAACAAAGCGAUUGCAGAGUACUUUUCGUCUAAAAAAGAGGAGCAAGCCACUGUAAUCAAACACUACCCAGAAUGGGACGACGUGCGGGGCGAGCCCCUGAUCGAUCAAGCCCGAGCGCGCCGGGAGCUUUUGAUCGCCGAGGCCGAGUUGCAAGCCAAGCGCCUCGAGUACCAAGCGCGUCGUCAAUCAUACGAGCAGCAGUGGCAAGACCUUCGCGAGCAGGAGCAGCAGCUGCGAGCCUCCUUCGUCCACUUUGACGAGUUUGUACGUGAGAACAGGGACAAGCGCGAGCGCGCCGAACGCAAAAUCGUCAUCGAACGGGAUCGGCAGAAGAUCAGGGAGGCUGAGAUCUUGGAGCUGGACAAGAACUUGGAGAACAUGGAAAAGGUGCGGGACAAGAUGAAACGAUACGUGGAGGUGUACAGGCCGUUUCAAGGCUACUUGGAGAAAAUUCUUGAGAACAAGGAGUUUAACUCGAUAGCCGGGAUAUUCAAUCGUUACGAGGUCCUGGUAGCCGCCAGGAAUUCACUCGAGGACUACCAGAACCGCAAUCUUCGCACUCUAGAGACGACCAGCUCACAACUGCAAAAAAUGACGGAAGAAAAGUCCCAGAGCUUGAUGGACCUGAACAGGCGGCUCGCCCAGUUGCGGGACAGACACGAGCGAGCUCGAGCCAAGGCUGUCCACUGGGAAACCAUGGUCUCGCGCAUCAAGGACGUGUGCUCGCAAAAGGAGCUCGAGGAAACCCAGGUGCGCGCCUGCAUCUGGAACCUGUAUCGGCAGAUCUGCAGGCGCAAGGGUGUGCCGAUAGAGCUUGAUCGCUCGGAACUCGAAGAGCAGUUGCACCACGUCAAGAGGACGAUCCUCGAGCUGGGCAAGAUCGUCCACGCGGCCAAGAAAAAGACUGCGAGAGAAAAAAGGGAAAGGGAAGCUAAAGGCAAGGCCGGAGCUAACGCGGGAACUGCUUCUUCGUUGUCCACCGGUGCGGCCAUUAAGCUCAAGGAGGUCAGAAGUAGCUCAAAAAAGAACAGCUGUCCCAGCUCUACGGACGACACUCACAGCACUUGUAGUAUUUUCAAAAAGAACUAA